GCCGUCUCCUCUCCUUCUCGAGCCCGGCGCCGCCUUCUCUUCCGUCCGAGCAGCAGCCGGUGCAAUAGGAGAGGGCGCAGGAGCGUGCGAGCUGGGCUAUCGCUGCCAUCCCCGUCAAGAUCCGCCCUCCUUCUGUCCUGCCCCCGGCGCUGCCUCCGUGUCGAGCCCGCCGCCGGUGGUCACCUCGCCGUGCCUGCCGCGGCCGGUAGGCCCUUCCUCGGGUUUAAAGGUGCAUGAUGUCUUCAGAGGAGCUGAGGACAAGCUUUUCAGAUUUUGUGGUGAGUUCGUCAACCCGGAAAGAGGGCCAAACUAAUUCUUCAGGUGAUUCGUCAUCCGAAGGGGGCCUCCAAGUGACUUGCUUCACAGAGGACCUUCAUGAUGUCACACUUCAUUUUCAGAUAGUGAGGUUCACUAAACAGAUCUAUGUGUGGGUUGGAUGCAACACAGCAAAAUUUGGCCAUCUGUAUGCUGCUGCAACCACUAGGCCUGAUAACAGAGUGAGUAUCACCUCUGUACUAGGAGGAACAUCUGACAACACCGGUUCAGGGAUGGCCCGCCGUCUAGUGCUGAAGACUGGUCUGAACAUAGUCCUGGCAUGCAACAUCCCAAAAGGCAGCCCCAUGCUCGAGGCUGCUGCGGAGAGGAAGCUGGUGGAGAAGCUGAAAGGUUUGUGCUACAUGAGACCCAUAGCUGGGGAGGCUAAUACUUCCACUGCACAGUGACAGGUGGUGUGAUCUGGUGAGGCUUCGGUCUUUCACCACUAGAUGCGGGAGGAAAGUUUGUGAUUGUUGGGCUCAAUUGACUGGGUAUCUGACUAUCUGUACAAUGUGGCAAAAGUAUUCUGAAUGAUAGUGCUUGAAACUGGAAUCCGAAGACUUCAUGGAGACGUCGUCACCGACAUGUGGGCCAGCUCAGUGUAUGGGCCCGCCAGUCAGUGACUACGUCACCUGACGUCAAAGUCAGACCAUUGUCUUCCCUGGAGGGAAGGUUUCAUUUGUAGCUGAAAUGAACUUCCUUCCGGAGUCACAUGGGGAAAGGAUCAGCUGUUACCGUGUUCUUGACGAUGAUGGCAGAACAAUAUCUGGUAGUAGAUUCCGAGAGGUCAGUAAGGAGGUGGCUCUGAAAAUGUACAGGGAGAUGGUCACCCUCCAGAUCAUGGAUAACAUCUUCUAUGAAGCACAGAGGCAGGGCAGAAUCUCCUUUUAUCUCACUUCCAAUGGCGAGGAAGCGAUCAACAUAGCAUCUGCUGCGGCACUUAGUAUUGACGACAUUGUGCUGCCUCAGUACAGGGAACCUGGUGUUCUUCUGUGGCGCGGUUUCACACUGCAAGAGUUUGCAAACCAAUGCUUUGGAAACAGUAUGGAUUAUGGUAAAGGGAGGCAAAUGCCAGUUCACUAUGGAUCAAACCGACUUAACUAUUUCACGGUCUCAUCUCCUAUUGCAACACAGCUCCCUCAUGCUGUUGGAGCUGCCUACUCUCUGAAGAUGGAUAAAAAAGACGCAUGUGCCAUCACAUACUUUGGCGAUGGCGGCUCAAGUGAGGGAGACUUCCAUGCCGCGCUCAACUUUGCAGCUGUUAUGGAGGCACCGGUGGUCUUCUUCUGCCGCAACAAUGGCUGGGCAAUCAGCACCCCAAGCACUGAACAGUUCAGAAGUGAUGGAUUGGUUAUCCGUGGCCAGGCUUAUGGGAUCCGUGGUAUCAGAGUGGAUGGCAAUGAUGCUCUUGCUGUUUACAGUGCAGUCCAUGCUGCCCGAGAAAUGGCUAUAGCUGAAGGGAGACCGAUUUUAGUUGAGGCCCUGACUUACAGAGUCGGCCAUCACUCAACAUCUGAUGAUUCAACCAAGUACAGGCCCGUUGAUGAGAUCGAGCAUUGGCGAACAGCAAGGGAUCCAAUUUCCAGAUACAGAAAAUGGGUUCAGGGGAACGACUGGUGGUCUGAUGCUGAAGAAUCUGAACUAAGAAACAGAGUGAGAAAAGAGCUUCUUCAAGCCAUUCAGGUUGCAGAAAGAAUGCCAAAACCACCAAUUGCUGAGCUUUUCACUGAUGUUUAUGAUCAGAUCCCUUCCAACCUGCGAGAACAAGAGCGAUUGCUGCGGGAGACAAUCAUGAAGCACCCCGCAGACUACCCAACUGAUGUACCUGUUUAGUGUUCCAGGAUUUAGAUGAGCAACAUCGUUGUGUAAGUAUUGAUGAUUCAGAUCCAUAGCAUUAUAAACAAUAUAUGAUUCAGCCAGUAAUCUCCUGAUUCAAUAGGCUCUAAAACAAUAAUUCAACCUGCCAGAUGUUUACAACAAGCUCAUAUAUGUAUUGUACUGUUGCUCGUAUUUA